GAUGGUGUGAGGGUUGACGUCGCGGUGUUUUGAAAGGAGGAAGAAGGAGAGAGGAGUAGGGGCGGCAGUACGGAGGAGCGAGGGCGGUUUCUGUGGGCGAUUGAUGGGCAGCAAAUGUCGUUCAGCCUUCGCCAGGUCCGCUCCAAGCUCAGGCAACCGAGUUCGAAGGCAGCGAGGGGCGGGGAGUGGUAGCCGAGCUUCGUUCCGCGUAGCUGUGUGAGCGGGAGAGGUCGGGCGAAAUAUGAGGGGGGAAGUUAUUGAAUUUUCAAGGAAAACCAGGUGAAGUGAAAGGACAGAAGAAUUGAGACUUCAAGUUCACGAAACUAAGAACCAGAUCUGUGAAUGUAUUCAUUGGAAAAAGAAACUUGGUUUUGGGGAUGUCUUUCUACAUAGACAACAUUUGCUGCAGUGUUGAUGUAUGAUGGAGAUAAUAAUGUUGAAUAGGAAAUGAAGAUAGAGGGAUUGGCAAUAGAAAGGGGUAAUUGAUUAGAGGAGAGAGAUAAGGAUGAGCAAAAUUCCUCCAAAUCGCCCAGGAAUUGUGUUUGCAGUGGGGGCCCGUUUGGAGGCCCAAGAUUAUCUGCAGAAAUGGUAUACAUCACGGAUCGAAAAGAUUGACUAUGAGCAAGGAAAAUUGCUGAUCCACUUCGAGAGAUGGAGCCAUCGGUAUGAUGAAUGGAUUUACUGGGACAGUCAUCGCCUACGACCUCUUGAGGGGAACUCAGUACAAAAAGAAGCACUUAAAGAUGAGGAAGAGAUUAUAGAUUUCAAAAAAGGAGAUGAAGUUCUGGCUCGUUGGACAGAUUGUCGUUACUAUCCUGCCAAAAUAGAAUACAUCAAUGAGGAGGGAACCUACACAGUGCAGUUUUAUGAUGGUGUGAUACGGUCUCUGAAGCGAAUACAUGUAAAGUCAAUGCCAGAAGAUGCCAAAGGGCAGGAUUGGUUAGCUCUUGUUAAAGCUGCUACAGCAGCUGCUGCCGCUGCAAAGAGUAAGCCAGUUGCUAAGCACCGAGUUAAUAAAGAAAAGGAGGAGAGAAAAAUGGGAAGAGGAUCCCAUUUCAAAAAAGAACGAAGAAUAUCAAAUGCAAAAGUAAAAGAGGAUGAAGCACAAAAAAAUCAAGAAGAACCUGUAACUGUUGAUAUCUCAGGAAACUCUGAGCCAUUGAUCCUUGAGCCAAAGCAGAAUUCCGCACAAGCAGAGACAUCAGGAACUAGGAAGAGGAAGGCCAGUGUUAUCUAUUCAUUUCAAGCAAAAAGAGCACGUCUCAACAAAAUCACAGGCCUAUUAGCGUCAAAAGCUGUGAGUGGUGAUGGUUCUGAAUUACUAGAAGAUAGGAUUGGAAGCCACCCUGUGCCUGAUCAGCUGUUGCCCUCUCUUACCUCUGACCAGCUGAAGGCUGAAGUGAGCAGUGAUGAAUCCUGUCCUCUGAAUCAAAAAAGAGAUCCACUCUCUUCAACUCCAUCUGUGGUUAAACUCCAAACAGGGAAGACAAAGGCCGAGAAUCCAUCCUGGAACAUAAAGGCUUCAGAUCCUUCUCCUAUCCCAACUGUACCUCAGGGCAAGGAGUUCCACAAUAUACAAUUUCCUCAGACAUUACCCCCACCUCCACCUUCAGAUAUCCCUCAGACUGGAUCUGACGUUUGCCAGCAACCACAUGGAGGGUCCAGUUCCUUUGAGUUCAGUGACUUGGUGCCUCUUGACCUCUCCCAGAAUUCUAGGCACAAGAUCCCAGCAUCUGUUUCUUCUCUUCAAUGCCAUGACGAAGAACGAACAAUGAAACCUCAUUCUAAAACAAUAGCCGUGGCUGCUUCAUCAUCAGUAACUAAUGCCAAACAAAUGGAGGAUCCAUUAGCUCCCAAAGAAGUGGUCAUAGAACUUGACUGCAACAAGUUCAAGUGCAUGUUUCCCAGGUGCUUCAAGACUUUCCGUAAGGCCAAAUUGCUAGAUUACCACAUAAAGUAUUACCACAGUGCAGAGAAAGGAUUUGAUCCCGACAUCGGAUACCCGGAGAGCAGGAUGCAGACUCGUGCUACCUCUGUGGGCACACUAACAUCAACAGUGGACAGCCUAGCCCUGAAGAGAGGACGGCCAUUGCAAACUGUAACUUCACCACCAUCCUAUCUCCCUGCUUUGCAGCCAGAGAAGUCUGACGAUAAGAGCCUCAAAUCUUCCGAAGUCUGCAAGAAAAAGCGAUCAUCUGCAUCAUUCGGUACAGACGAAGCAGACGCUCAUCCUACGCUCUCUGUGAAGGAGAAGAACACAGAGACCAUGCCUGAGAAGAUGGAUCGGAGAUGUGUUGACAGAGACAGAAAUGCAGAAGUUGGAAUAAAAACUGAAAAGAAGAUGAAGAAUGAAGAGAAGAGCUUAUUGCCUGGUAAAAAAGAAAGUAAAGAGUAUAAAGACAAGGAGCACGAUGAACUAAAACAGAAGAAAAAGAAAAAGAAGAAAAAGAAAUUCAAGUAUGAGUUGACAAACUGUGAAGGAUUCAAAUGUAUUUCUGAGGAAUCUUCGGAAAAAUGUUGCUCUCCUGUAAUGAAACCUGGAAGUUCUCUCACUUUGCGUAGUGGAUCAGUGGUGAAACCAGCAUAUUUAUCACCAAGAUCUCACCCGUCCUCUGGAUCAUUGCUGGAGUUGAACAUUGAUCAUGUAUCUCGAUCUGAAUCAUCUCUUUUUAAUGAUGAGUUCUUUGAUGAUUCAUCAACGGAAAGUGCACUAAUGAGUGAAGAUUAUGACCAGGAUCUGGACAACUCAAAUCCAGAGGAGUCUCAAGAGGAGGAUGAUAGCAAUGCAGUAGUCCGUUGUGUCUGUGAAAUGGAUAAAGAAAAUGGGUUUAUGAUUCAGUGUGAAGAGUGCCUUUGUUGGCAACAUGGCAUCUGUAUGGGGUUACUGGAAGACAACAUUCCAGACCAAUAUUUUUGCUACAUCUGUCGGGAACCUCCAGGUCAGAGAUGGAGUGCCAAAUAUUGUUAUGACAAAGAAUGGCUGAAAAAUGGAUAUAUGUAUGGUCUGUCAUUCUUGAAGGAGAAUUAUUCCCAGCAGAAUGCUAAGAAAAUAAUAUCAACGCACCAGCUCUUGGCUGAUGUUUAUAGUGUGACUGAAGUGCUCCAUGGCCUUCAACUGAAGAUUAAUAUUCUCCAGAGCAGAAAACACCCUGAUCUGCAUCUCUGGGCCCAGUCCUGUGUCAAAUCUACUCAAGGCCAACCUACAGGAGAAAAGAUCAAAGAAUGUAUGGAUGGUCCCAAGAAGCCUGAAAAGGUCUACCACAGUCAGAGUCAUAAAUGCAGAUCUGAAGUCAUCCAAAAAGUAGCAGGAACCUACAUCACCGAUGAGCACAGCUACCAGAAACCCCAGAGCUACAGCCUAGAAAAGAAGACUAUAAUAGACCACAAAAGUUCAGAAGAUGAGGAAACCAGUAGAUCAGGGGACAAGAGUCCUGUGUUCAAGAGGACUGAAAGACAAAUGGUGCAGAAAGCGGCUAGUCCAUCUAAACAGGGGACUACUGACCUUAAAGAAACAUUUUUGAUUUUAAAUGAUGGCAACUGUGACAAGAAAAUGGAAAAUGAGCACAUCAACCCGCAAUUUCCGUGGCAGGUGAACCUACUGACUCACAUUGAGACCGUGCAAAAUGAAGUCAAUAACAGAAUGGACCUUAUUGAGAAGGAGCUGGAUGGAUCCAGUGCUUUCCUAACGUAUAUGACAAAUAGACACUUCUUGGGCUACCAGCUGGAUACAGUUCUGGAAAGCUGGCUGGACUUUUCCGGGGAACUUGAACCACCGGAGCCACUUGCAAGACUUCCACAGCUGAAACGCCACAUCAAGCAACUCCUGACGGAUUUGGGAAAGGUGCAGCAAAUGGUUUGCUGCUGCGCUCUUUGAGAAGAAAAAUGAUUGAUCGAUAGGGAUGGGGGAGAGGAACGUAGAAGGUGAAGCUACAUUAACUUUAACGAACAUGUUGGGUGUGGGAACAGCGGAUGAAUGCAAAGUAAUGGAGCAGAGUGAAAAUCACAUCAAGGAAACAGGGAAGAAACAUUGAGAAACAUCUUGGUAGACAGAAGAACAAGAAUACUAUUAGCAUGUUGAAACCAAUAAAUGAGACUUGAAAAAAAUAUUAUACUUUUAGGUAUCUUUCAGUAUCAAGCUUUAGACACCUUCACUUUCAUUUACAAUUCUUUUCAGAAUAAGGUGACCCCAUGAUGUUGUGCAUAUCGUUCAAAGAGCAUCAAAAUCGCUGUUAAUGUGUUCACAUGCUCUUUCAUAACCUCUUAUGAAUUCGUUAAGGUUGUGGAAGAAGUUUUAGGUUGAUGAAGGAGCGGGAGGGGUCAACAGCAUUUGUUACUGUGGAUGCUAGAAAAAGAUCAGAUCUGCUGCUCAGGUCAAGUACUGUAGACAGUUGACAGCUUCAUUGUCUUAUCAAUGAAAUAACACAAACGUGGGAACACUGGAGUGAAAGGGAGAUAGUUUUAAAUCACUGAGCUGGUGUUCAUUAUAUUCUCGCAAUAUAUUGACUAAAUACAGAUUCAGACCACUUGCUGCAGGAUUAGUUGAGGAAGGAGUAAUCAUCCCACAGCAUGGGAGUUAGCCUCUGUGCAAGUUCCCAGUGGUUAAACCUCAACUUCUUUUUGAAUUCUCCAUAUCAUACAAACUGGUUAUUUGACGACAAAAGUAAAGUAAAUAUUUGCUUAGAUUGCGAGCAGGGAAAGAUGAAGUAGUUCAACAUUUUCUGGCCUUUUAAGAUUAAGGGAUAGAAGGAAGAAACAGCUUCAUUGAGGGUCAAGUACAAGAAUUGAUUGCUGAAUUUGACCUAUGAAUUAUUCAGUUCAGUAGCACUAUAUAACCACUGGAACCUUGCUGGAUUUGAAAGUGCAAGUAAUUGAUAUUCUGUGCAGCAACUUCAAUAUUUUGCACCCACCAGUGAUCUGAAAUGUGUUCUUAAAACUUUAUGAAACCCAAGGAUUUAAGUUUCUCUGUUGUAUUCUGUGCAAUGGUUAACAGUAUACUGUGCAGAGCCUAACCCGAGAUGUUAGUUUUUGAGUACGCCCAGUCAAUUUGAGACGUUCCAUCACUCUCUGUGGAACAAAUGUUCACAAUUUCAAGUGAAGGUAAAAGCUACUCACAGGCAGGUUAGGGAAUACGUGAAGCAAAUUAGGUCAUCCUGCAGAUCUCCCAUCAUUCUUUCUCCCUUCCACUCCCCAACAGAGAGGCAAAAAAAGCAAAAUACUUCUUGAGUUGGUACAAAAUUUAAGGGUGUUUAAAAUAAGAGGAGUCAAGAAAACAUAUUAAAUUGUGGGCAGUGUAUUGUAAGGGUUUGAUCGUGAGUAGUUGUUGCACAAACAGCUAAUUAGUACCAGUACCUGUAAUCCUACUCUGUGUAGCGGUUUGCAUCUAAUCAAAACAAGUGUAUGAAAAAUAAUGUCAAUGCAAAUAGACUCAGCUUGUAAGCUGUUGCUGUGGUGGAGGGCCUCACUAUAUUUUUACUUGCCUAAAGUACUCUGCUGUUGUUCAAAAAUAUGAAAUAUAAUAAAAAAGAAUUGUACUAGGCAAAUGUAUUUGCCAAAAGAAUGUACGUUGACUCUAAAUGUAUACAUCAAAAAAGUGUAUAUUUGCCUUAAGUGUAUAAAAUUCUGGAAGCUUAAGUUCCCUUUUCAUUUCAUUUGUGUAUAAAAACA